AUGGUGGUUGUGGCGUCUGACUUCGUCCAGAUCGACGGGAUCGAGCGAGCGAGGAGGAGAAGUGGAUCUGGGAGGGGGCGUCGAGGAGUGAGGCCAUGGGGGGCAGGGGAGGCAGGGCGUCACCCUUAUGCAUUCCCCUUCGAUGUCGGCGAGUAUAGACGUAUACGCUCAUACAUACACAUACACUAUUUUUAUAAGCACCUUCGAGAGACCGAGCUGACACAUCAUCUUGAAAGGAGAAUGCGUGCAACAAUCUUGCGCGCUCCGCCUCAGCUCGCCGGCGGCACCAGCCUUGGUCGCGGUUACCGGCCCUGUCUUGCCUCUUCCGGGGUCCCCAAAUCCAAAGUGUUGGGUGUUAGCUGCGCGAUGAAGUCCUAUAGGCUGUCCGAUCUCAGUGAUGCCGAGGUUAGCGGCCUCAAGGCGCGCCCUCGCAUUGACUUCACCUCCAUUUUCAGUACGGUGAAUCCGAUUGUUGAAGAUGUCCGCGCCAGAGGUGAUGCUGCGGUUAAGGAUUACACAGAAAAGUUUGACAAGGUCACUCUCGAUAAUGCCGUUGUGCGUGUUAGCGAUCUCCCAGAUGCAGAGCUUGAUCCAGCUGUUAAGGAAGCCUUUGAUGUGGCGUAUGACAAUAUUUAUGCCUUCCAUGUUUCACAAAAGUCGCCAGAAAAGACAGUUGAGAAUAUGAAAGGAGUGAAGUGUAAAAGGAUAACAAGAUGCAUUGGUUCUGUCGGGCUGUAUGUUCCAGGGGGCACUGCAGUCUUGCCUUCAACUGCAUUGAUGCUUGCUGUGCCUGCACAGAUUGCUGGAUGCAAAACUGUAGUUCUUGCCACACCCCCUAGUCGUGAUGGUAGCAUAUGUAAGGAGGUUCUUUACUGUGCUAAAAAAGCUGGUGUUACACACAUACUAAAAGCUGGGGGAGCUCAGGCAAUCUCCGCUAUGGCAUGGGGAACUGCAUCAUGCCCAAAGGUUGAGAAAAUAUUUGGUCCCGGCAACCAGUAUGUCACAGCUGCUAAAAUGAUUCUUCAGAACAGCGAAGCUAUGGUCUCUAUAGACAUGCCUGCUGGCCCUUCAGAAGUUCUGGUAAUCGCUGACAAAUAUGCCAACCCAGUUCAUGUUGCCGCUGAUCUGCUAUCUCAGGCAGAACAUGGCCCAGAUAGUCAGGUUGUUCUAGUUAUUGCGGGAGAUGGUGUUGAUUUAGCUGCCACUGAAGCAGAAGUUAGCAAGCAGUGUGAUGCUCUUCCUAGAGGCGACUUUGCUUCCAAAGCACUUGGCCACAGUUUCACUGUGUUUGCCAGAGAUAUGGCUGAGGCAUUAUCGUUCUCAAAUAUGUAUGCUCCUGAGCAUUUGAUCAUCAAUGUAAAGGAUGCUGAGCAAUGGGAGGAGCUCAUCGAGAAUGCAGGGUCAGUUUUCUUGGGACAAUGGACCCCCGAGAGCGUCGGUGACUACGCUAGUGGGACGAACCACGUCCUCCCAACCUACGGUUACGCGAGGAUGUACAGCGGUGUGUCGCUGAAUUCUUUCCUCAAGUACAUCACUGUUCAAUCCCUGACUGAAGAAGGGCUGAGAAGGCUGGGUCCCUACGUCGCAAAGAUGGCAGAAGUCGAAGGCCUAGAAGCGCACAAGCGAGCUGUUACCCUCAGACUGCAAGAGAUCGAAGCCACUGUAACUGUUUAA